UGUGAAAAUACAUCGCAAAAUGUCCAAGUUUAUGCUAUUCGUUUGCGUCGUUUUGCUCGCUACAACCGUCAUUACGGCUGUCCCCAGCUCCUGCGGUAGACACGGUGACCCCUGCGUUUCCAACAGAGACUGUUGCACUAACACGAAGUGUCACAUAUACGCGAACAGAUGUCAAGUACAGAUCACGGAAGAAGACCUGAUGGCUGCACGUGAAAAAAUCCUUGGCCGGAAAGGGAAGGAUUAUUAAGUAAUUAGCCAUUUCAACGAUGAGCAUGUAUCAAUCAAAGUCUCCCAUUGAAUCAAAUCAACGUUCAAAGCCGACUAAUAUCUUUGCCUCGAAGUUAAUGUUUACCUAGAAACAAACAACAGCGCAUGAUUCAUGCAACAGAUGUAAAUAUGCGAAACAAAUAAAUGAAAUAAAUCAUACAUACAAGCAA